AUGUCGACUGUUGCUAUUUUUGUCCUCCUUGCUGUUACAAGCUGUGUGAGCCAUGCUCAUUACACCAAGUUUCCUGAAGGAUUCAUCUUUGGUGUUGCAACUGCUGCGCACCAAAUAGAGGGAGCUUGGAAUGUAAGCGGUAAAUCGGAAAAUGUCUGGGACCACUUGACUCACACCAAGCCGUGGAUGGUGGCUGAUGGCACAAACGGAGACAUCGCAUGCGACUCCUACAACCGUUACAUGGAAGAUGUCGAGGAGCUGACCAACCUUGGUGUGGACUUCUACCGCUUCUCCUUCUCGUGGGCUAGAUUGCUUCCCACUGGACGCAUCGACCAAAUCAACCCUGAAGGAGUGCAGUACUACCACAAUCUCCUUGAUGCCCUCGCUGAAAAGAACAUAGAGCCAUUUGUUACUCUUUUCCACUGGGACUUGCCACAAUCUCUCCAGGACUUAGGGGGCUUCGCUAACCCCAUAAUGGUCGACUAUUUCCGCGACUAUGCUGACUUUUGCUUCAGGGAAUACGGUGACAAGAUCAAGUCCUGGAUAACCUUCAAUGAGCCUUACGAAAUCUGUGAAGACGCGUAUGGUGAUAUCAAAAAGGCACCAGCUCUUAACAGCCACGGAGUAGGAAACUACUUGUGCAGCCACAAUCUGUUGAAGGCCCACGCUGAGGCGUACCACUUGUACAAUGAGACUUACAGGCCCAAACAGAACGGGAGAAUCAUGAUCUCAAUUAACUCCAUCUGGUACGAGCCAGCUGACCCCAAUGAUUCUGAACUGGUCGCGUUGGCUGAAGUGGCCAACCAAUUUAAGUUCGGUUGGUUCGCCCACCCAAUCUUCACCGAAGAAGGCGGUUACCCAGCUGUCAUGGUGGAAAAUGUCGCUCAGAACAGCCGAUCUGAAGGUUUGACAAAGCCACGCUUAGAGCAGUUCGACGACUACUGGAUUGAGAGGAUUAAGGGGACAUCUGACUUCCUUGGAAUCAACCAUUACACGACUCAUCUGGUCACUGGACCCGGCCUGGAUCCAAAUGCCAAGUCCCCAUCAUGGUGGAACGAUAUUGGUGCGAUAACAUCUUUGGAAGUUGGAGAACCGACAGCAUCUACAUGGUUCCGGGUCGUGCCAACCGGUUUCGCGAAUCUGUUGCGCUGGUGCAAGAGUAGCUACAAUAACCCACCAAUCUACAUCACUGAGAACGGCUACUCUGACCGUGGAACUCUCGAGGAUUACGAUCGCAUCAAAUAUUUUAACGACCAUUUGAGUGCAAUUUUGCAUGUGAUCAACGAUGACGGCGUCAGGGUGCUUGGUUAUACAGCCUGGACCCUCAUGGACAACUUUGAGUGGAGGGCUGGAUUCUCAGAACGUUUCGGCUUUUACCACGUGGAUAUCACGGACCCAGCUCGUCCGCGAACAGCCAAGCUGUCAGCGGACUAUUACAAGCAGCUAACAGCUAAUCGCGAGCUACCUCAAGACGAACGGUUCAAGAAACCUUCAGAAAGAAGGUACUGA